AUGCAACAGCUCAUCGUUUUCCUCGCAUUAGUAGCAGUUGCCUUCUGCGCUCCAACUGAGUUGCCUAAGCAUGGUGAGAUUUUGGAUUCCAGCUGUCCAUUCCCCAAUGGCACAGACAAGGCCAUUUACUCCUACAUGUGUUCAAGCCAUGAACAGUUCAGAAUCGACAACAUCACUGUUACUGACAUGAAGGGUAAACCAAUCUACCCUAUUGAUCCCACCAAGGAAUUCAUUCUUAACCUUUAUUCAUACAACAAUGGACCACAAAUUGACGAUAACAAGGUUAACGUCACUCUCUACCAGUACACUAAGGGAUGGGUAGGAAACUCAUGCAACUGGAACAUGCUCCCCACUUACGGACUUCUUGAUGGAAUCGAUGGAUGCGAAUUCGCUCACAACUGCCCCCUCACAUCAGGACCCUUAGUUCUUCAGCUCCCCAUGGAUCUCAGUCAAUUCUCUGUGAUUAUCAACAUGCUUGCUGCAUACAAGCCUUAUCAAUUAGAAAUCCGUCUUUUCGACUACAACGCCGGAUCAAAACACGAAGAAAUCGCUUGUGUUAUGGCUCAAGUUGAGCUUAGCUAA